AUGACUUAUUUCUUGUCUUAUUGCAAAAAACACUGUAGCGCUGUAUUGUCUGAAUACCAAACUCUCCGAAAGGAAGGCUUGCUCUGUGACAUUCUGUUAAAAGUAAAAGAAAAUGAAUUUCCUGCACACAAGUCUUUGUUAGUCUGUUCCAGUGAUUACUUCAAGGCCAUGUUCAAGAGUUAUACCAAAGAAUCAAAGUCUGCUGUUGUUCAUCUGCAAGUCGUCUCGGCUACUGGGUUGCAACAUGUUCUGGAUUUCAUUUAUACAUCCUGGCUGCCUUUGUCUUUUACCACUUUGGAAGAUACCUUAGAAGCUGCCACUUACUUACAAGUACCCGAGGCAAUCUGUUUAUGCAGCCAAUACUUGGGUAACAAUCUCAAUCUGGAGAACUGCUGUUUUUCAGCCAAUAUUGCAACAAAAUUUUAUCUUCCAGAUGCUCUAUCUGCAGCCGAAAAAUAUCUUAUUAUUAAUCUCUGGAAACUACUAAACCUGGAUUUUGCAGGUCUGCUGGAACUGAAUUUCCGGUCUUUGAAGGCAGUAGUAGAAUCUCCUGAUAUACUUAUGGUGAGAGAAUCUAAUUUGUUAGAUCUAUUAUUAAAGUGGCUAGCAUAUGAUAAAUUGAGGCUCAUCCACACUACUAAUCUUUUGGAACAUGUAAGAUAUAGUCUCAUUCCUAUGGAAGAUCUGAGAAAUAUCUACACUCAGUCAGAAGUGCCUUUAACGACUCCUGUAAAAUGUUUAAUUAGAAAAGCAAUAAACUAUCAUUCACUUAUUUAUAAACAACCUAUCUUGCAGGAUAAAUAUAGCACUUUGAGAAACCAGAAGAUAUGGAUUAUCCUGCUUGGAGGUAUGAUUGCACACGAAGGGCUUGUCAAAGAAGUGAUGGCUUUUGAUGUUUACAAUCACAAGUGGCAAAAUUUAACAGAGUUACCAGAUAGGAUACAAAAUCAUUGUGUAUGUACUAUUGGAAACUUUCUAUAUGUGCUUGGUGGAGAAAUGGAAGAUAUGCAAAGUGAUCAUAUCUUGAAAGUUACAAAUAAAGUCCAUCGCUAUGACCCAAGAUUUAAUAAAUGGAUACAAAUUACUGGGAUGCUGGAAAAAAGGUGUCAAUUUUCUUGCUGUAUCUUAGAGAAUGCAAUCAUUGCAAUUGGUGGACAAAGUGAAGAUAAAAAAUUGCAUUCAUCUGUUGAAAUCUAUGAUAUUAGUAAAGACAGGUGGACAAAACUUCAUGAUUUGCCAUGCAAAGUACAUGGCCACGCUGGUACUGUUUGUAAGAAUACUAUUUAUAUAUCAGGGGGCAAAUACAUGGGUCAAAGUAACACAAGUAAUGAUAUGUAUGCUUUGAGUAAUCUUGAAGGGGAAUGGAGAAAACAAGCCCCAAUGAGCAUAGCUCGUUUUGGGCAUCAGAUGGCUACAAUCCGAGAUUCAAUUUUUACAUUUUUAGGUUUUUAUGAACCAUUCUCUGAGAUUGAAAAAUAUGACCCUGACCAGAAUCAAUGGACCCAUUUAAGGCCAUUGGUAUACGAUCGAUAUAGUUAUGGUUUAGCAGUAGUGGAGGAAACAGCCAUCCUUAUUGGAGGGAAGAAAUGGCAAGACUCUCAGGAAAUUCCAACUCAGGAUGUUGUAGGUUAUGAUAUUGAUAAUGACUGUUGGGAAGUAAUCUGCAAAACUCCUUUGCCUUGGUAUGGAUUGCAGUGUGGAGUGCUAGAACUUUCUGAAUUAGUAGAAGGUAAAGACAUGCAACAGUAA